AUGGAUGUGAACGCUCUUCGGGACCGUAUACAGUCGACGCUCGACGCGAAUGCGGACACUCGACGACAGGCUGAGUUGGAUCUCAAAUAUGUGUGUUUGUGUUUGAUCAUUUUUAUGCCCGUUGUGUACCUGAAAAACCGCAUCAACCGAGGAUGGGCCCCCUCCGAAGACACCAGCAACUACAAAAAAAUCCCCGAAGAAGAGCGUCCAGCACUCCGAGAUCGAUUGAUCCCUAUCCUCGCCGCAUCCCCGCCCAACGUUCGUGCGCAGUUCAUACCGCUCAUUACCAAGAUCCUCUCAUAUGACUUCCCCGAGAAAUGGCCUGGUUACAUGGACAUCACGCUGCAGCUGUUGAAUGCCCACGAUGUGAAUUCCGUGUUUUCGGGACUGCAGUGUCUGUUGGCGAUUUGCAAGGUGUACAGGUUCAAGGCGAAUGAGAAGCGGGGUGAUUUUGAUAAGAUUGUGGAACAUUGUUUUCCUCAGCUUUUGAAUAUUGGUAAUAAAUUGGUGGAUGAGGAGAGUUUGGAGGCGGCGGAGAUGUUGCAUACGGUUGUCAAGGCUUAUAAACAUGCUAUUUAUUUUGAACUUCCGCCGCACCUCAAAACUCACCAGGCCACUGUUGACUGGUGUACUUUGUUCUUGAGAAUAGCGGCCAAGUCGCCUCCAGCCAACUCGAUGCUCGAAGACCCCGAGGACCGAGAGCAAAAUCACUGGUGGAAGUGCAAAAAGUGGGCAUAUGGGAACUUGAAUCGCCUAUUUGUUCGAUAUGGAAACCCCACGUCAAUCACCAAAAGCACAUCGUCCGAUGUUACUACCUACGCCAAGUCGUUCAUUACCACGUUCGCCCCCGAGAUUCUGAAAGGAUACUUGCAAGAGGUGGAGAAAUGGAUUAAAGGUCAAUGGCUCAGCAAGCCCGUCCUUUCAUAUACCCUGAUUUUCCUCGAGGAAUGCGUGAAGCCGAAAACAACAUGGGAUCACUUGAAACCGCACAUGGAUACUCUGAUUGCACACCUCGUUUUCCCUCUGCUUUGCCAGACCGAUGAAGAUCUCGAGCUUUUCCAGACGGAUCCUCCCGAGUACCUCCACAGGAAGCUCAACUACUAUGAGGAAAUCUCCGCUCCCGAUGUUGCCGCCACGAACUUCUUGAUUUCACUUACAAAAAGCCGAAAGAAGCAGACCUUUAACAUUCUGCAGUUUGUCAACGGUGUGGUCAGCAAGUACGAAAACGCACCGGAUGCAGAGAAGAUUCCCAGAGAGAAAGAAGGAGCUUUGCGUAUGAUUGGAUCGUUAUCUUCAGUUAUUCUGGGCAAGAAAAGCCCCAUUGCUGACCAGGUCGAAUAUUUCUUCGUCCGCCACGUUUUCCCUGAGUUCCGUAGCCCGCACGGUUUCCUCAGAGCUCGUGCUUGCGAUACAUUGGAGAAGUUUGAGCAGCUGGACUUCAAGGACCCGGCAAAUCUGAUGACCAUUUAUCGCAAUAUCUUGGAAUCCAUGGCUGACCCCGAAUUGCCUGUGCGGGUCGAGGCUGCUCUUGCAUUGCAGCCUCUUAUUCGCCAUGACGCCAUUCGUACAUCGAUGCAACACAAUAUUCCUCAGAUCAUGCAGCAGCUUCUCAAACUUGCCAACGAAGUCGACGUUGAUGCCUUGUCCAAUGUCAUGGAAGACUUUGUCGAGGUAUUCUCUGCGGAGCUAACUCCUUUCGCAGUCGCUUUGAGUGAACAGCUACGUGACACGUAUAUGCGAAUUGUCGGCGAACUCCUUGAACGCCAAGCUUCCAAGAGCGAUGAAGACUCAUACGGAGACUUCCUUGAUGACAAGAGCAUUACCGCUUUGGGUGUUUUGCAGACUAUUGGAACACUCAUUCUUACUUUGGAAAGCACUCCAGAUGUUCUCUUGCAUUUGGAAACUAUCUUGAUGCCUGUCAUCACCAUUACCCUAGAGAACAAACUCUACGACUUGUACAAUGAGAUUUUUGAAAUUAUCGACAGCUGCACAUUCUCAGCUAAGAGCAUCUCACCAACCAUGUGGCAGGCAUUCGAGCUGAUUCACAAGACAUUCAAAGCCGGUGCAGAGCUUUAUUUAGAGGAUAUGCUACCUGCUUUGGAUAAUUUUGUCUCAUACGGAUCGGAAAUGCUCGUACAGAACCCCGCUUACCUCGGCGCUCUUGUCAGUAUGGUAGAGGAUAUUUUUCACGAUGAAAAAGUCGGAGGUGUCGACAGGAUAUGCGGCUGCAAGCUCGCCGAGGCAUUGAUGCUGAACCUUCGCGGAUACGUCGACCAAUAUGUCCCUAUUUUUGUCGAGCUUGCAAUCAAUGUGCUCAACAGCGGGGACGCCAAGACCAAGUCAUACAGGGUUCAUUUGAUGGAAAUGGUCAUCAAUGCCAUCUAUUACAACCCAGCAUUGGCUCUGCAGAUACUCGAGGCCAAGGGAUGGACAAACAAAUUCUUCAGUGCCUGGUUCUCGAAUAUUGACAGCUUCCGACGCGUUCACGAUAAGAAAUUGUCCAUUGCAGCCAUCAGCGCUCUUUUGACAUUGAAGCCAGAAGAUGUUCCCGCUAGCGUUCAGCAAGGCUGGCCCAGAUUGUUGCAGGGAGUGACGAGGCUUUUCCAGACGUUGCCUGCAGCUCUUCAGCACCGUGAAGCUGCUACCCGAGAGUCGGAUUAUACCUAUGACGACGAGGAGGAUGACCUCGUUGAUGAGGAUACCGAGUGGGAUGGCGAGGUUGAAUGGAAUGAUCAGGAUGAGGCUGAGGGUGGUGGUGACGAUGAUGUCGCUGAUGAGAAUGCGGCAUACUUGGAUUUCUUGAGUCAAGAGGCUCAGAAGUUCGGUUCUUUCGCAGACGAUGAUGACGAUGACCUGGAUGAAGAAAGUCUUCUCGAGACCCCUCUCGAUAAAGUCGAACCAUAUGGUCUGUUCAAGAAUGUGUUGCUUGGCCUACAACAAGGACAACCACAACUAUACGAAAACCUAACCAAGAUCUUGACCCCAGAAGAACAGCAAAUUAUCCAAUCCGUAUUCCAAGAAGCCGAUAAAGUCGACGCUGCUAUCGCUGCGAGUUUAGCGAAUGGCGGUAAUUGA